UACAGAGUGUAUGAUGUUUGUUAUUGUUGUUAUGAAUAGAAAAACACUGUCUUAGAUUGUAUUUUGUUGUAAGAUGUUUUUUUUUCAUUUUGAGAACCUCAUACAACAAAAAACAAGAUCCUCUUAUAGUAUAAUGCAUUAAAAUACAAUCACACACUACUUUAACAAAAAUUGCCAAAGCUGAAUUAUAAUUUCCCUGACACUGUGUCAAGAAAAAGUGUGUUGUAGUGGAUAUCAUUAUUUUGUACAGAUUCUCAUGUGAAUAUGUCCACCCUUGUAUUUUCACUUAAAGCAUGUGGUGGGGCUUUAUAAAUUAAGGCUUUGAAAAACUAGAUUGAGUAUAAGAAAUGAGUGGUCUGUGCUUUUAGCCAACGGGCUAUCUCUGAGUGGCUGCGUUUGUUAAAUAUGCUGUAUGAUGAAGUUCAUAAUGUUGGUCUUUUAUUGGAACAGUAGUGGGACAAAGGUCAAAGAAACUGUCGUAAUCUUCCUGCUUCAAGCAUACGUCAAAAAUAAAAAUGUAAGGAUUUUAAUGAUUUACAAAGAAAAAAAAAAAAAAAAAGAAUCAGACAAGCUUUAAUAAUAAUGCCUUAAAUGAUGAAAAAUGAGAAAAGACAUCUUUCUUGGGUGUUUUCCGGGGUGUAAUAGACCAUUUUUCCCACUCUUCAUCUUUCACCAGCAAAUGGUAAUGAGCCUUCGAGUUUCGGAGCUCCAGGUGUUGUUGGGGUAUGCAGGGCGGAAUAAGCACGGACGCAAACAUGAACUUUUGACCAAAGCUCUCCACCUACUCAAGGCUGGUUGCAGUCCUGCAGUGCAGAUGAAGAUCAAAGAGCUCUACAGACGGCGCUUCCCAACCAAGAUGGUUUCACCAGUGGACCUAGCUCUGCCAGGUGUUCAUUCUGCUUCCAGCCUGCCCGCUGGCCUUGCCCAGCUGGGAUUUGACAGCCACGGUUCCCCGUCGCCUUUGCUGCCUGUUUCUUUACUUGGGCCUAAGCAUGAGCUGAGUCUGCCUCACCUCCCCUCUGGCCUGCACCCUGUACACCCUGAUGUCAAGCUCCAGAGACUGCCAUUCUAUGAUGUGCUGGAUGAGCUCAUUAAGCCAACCAGCCUGGCCUCAGACAACAGUCAGCGGUUCCAGGAGGCAUGUUUUGCCUUCGCAUUAACACCACAGCAAGUUCAACAGAUCAGCAGCUCCAUGGACAUAUCUGGGAACAAAUGUGACUUUACUGUUCAAGUCCAGUUAAGAUUUUGUUUAUCAGAGACAAGCUGUCCCCAGGAGGAUCAUUUCCCCCCUAAUCUGUGUGUGAAGGUCAACAGCAAACCCUGUAAUCUCCCGGGAUAUCUUCCUCCUACCAAAAAUGGAGUUGAACCAAAAAGGCCCAGUCGUCCCAUUAACAUAACGUCUCUUGUACGACUGUCCACCACAGUCCCCAACACAAUUGUGGUGUCAUGGACUUCAGAAAUUGGGAGGAGUUUUUCCAUGGCUGUUUAUUUGGUAAGACAGCAGUCAUCUGCAGUGUUGUUGCAAAGACUACGGGCCAAAGGAAUUAGGAACCCUGACCACUCAAGAGCCCUGAUCAAAGAGAAACUGACCGCUGAUCCAGAGAGUGAGAUCGCCACCACCAGUCUACGAGUCUCUCUCCUUUGUCCUCUGGGGAAGAUGAGGCUGACAAUCCCUUGCAGAGCGAUGACAUGCUCGCACCUUCAGUGCUUUGAUGCUACACUUUAUAUCCAAAUGAAUGAGAAGAAGCCGACCUGGGUGUGUCCAGUCUGUGACAAGAAGGCACCAUACGAGCACCUCAUUAUUGAUGGGUUGUUCAUGGAAAUCUUGAAUAGCUGUUCUGACUGUGAUGAAAUCCAGUUCAAAGAAGAUGGAACCUGGGCGCCUAUGAGAUCAAAGAAAGAGGUGCAGGAGGUGUCUGCUUCAUACAAUGGUGUAGACAGCGAUUCGUCUCGGACAGAAACGCAUGAGCAGAAACGAGGAUCGUCUAAUGACAACAACAAGAAGGUUGAUGUGAUUGACCUGACACUGGAUAGCUCUUCAGAGGAAGAACUAGAUGAUGAGCCGCCUCCUAAAAGGGCCUGUCCCUCACUGUCACCUGUCUCUCCACCUCCAAGCAAGGGAGUACUGAACCUACACAGCCAGGCCUCACCUGUGACCAGAGCUCCCAGUAUGCCCCCAAUGGAGACCAGCUACAUUCCUCCUCCUCCACCUCUUAUCCAGGACUACCGCCACUAUUAUCACACAGCUAGUGACCUGCCAGAUCUAAAUUUCUUCUCCUUCCUCCAAGGCGACAAUCAGCAUUACAACAUGGUGAUGGCUGCCGCAGCAGCUGCAUCUGCGUCGGCCUCAGAGGACCACGACGUGCUCCUCAAUCGUUUCCUGCCCUACGGCUCUUCUCAGAUGUUACGGGAGCAGCCGGGCACCCCUGGGAGCAGCACACUGGCAGCCACCAACGGAGGCAGCAACAGUGGCAGCACCAGUAGUUUGGUGUCUUCGAGCAGUCUGCGGGACCGCGACAAAGACAGAGAGCGGGACAGAGACAGGGACAGCCACACUAUCUCAGGAUUGUCAAGGUCCUCAGUGGAAGCUGCAGCGGCGGCAGCGGCCAUUUAUGGCUCCAUAUCUGACGUUAUCUCUCUUGACUAGAUCCACACAGAACUGAAAGACAAGGGAGACCUCGAGAACAGGAGUUCUUUGUAAAUAAGGAAGAGGAAGAUGAAAGAAUACAGUCCUAUGUACAGAGAGGAAAAUCUAUUUUCAAUUUUACUUAUCAUAUGUAUAUAAACUUAGGACGCUUCUUGUCCGGUGAGUUACUUCAGUUGAUAUUUUUCUGUGAAUACUGAAGACUUUUUCACACCUCUUCAUGUGGUCCUUUGAUUAUAUUGUACCUUUUGUACCUGGUUUUUACAGUUUUGUUUCGAUAUUCCAUGUCAAUGGCAUUAUUUCAGUAUGUUACGUGCACAGAACCCAAUGAGUUGACACCUUAUGGAACAUGAUAUUUAGAAUAUAAAGAAAAUGGGCAUUGUUAUAGAUGUACAAAAGGCAAGUCACAGCAAAACAGGAAAAUGUGUAACACUUUCUUUAUUUUCUAAAUGGAAUCAUUUCUGUCAAAAAUGUUUUGACAGCAGAAAGAUCUGGCCGUUUUUGCCAUCACUGUAGAUUUUUCUGUGAGAAAUUCAUGCUGUGGUCAUAUUAUUUUUAAGGAAUUAUUUAUGAUGUAAGUUAUGUUGGAUGUAUGCUGUUUUUUAAAGAAGCAUUCCCUAUGCCUCUAGGAAUUGUUGCCACUAGAAUUGCAAAAGCAAACGCUACAUCCCUCUGUUGUCAUAACUCUGCACUCUUUUCCUCCUCCUUUCAGUCAAAUCAAGUCAAAAUAUAAACAUUUUCGGUACAGUCAGAGUUCAGACUGUACACAAAAUAAUACAAAUUGGGAGAAAGUCAGUAUUUUAAGAUCAGACAUUUUCAUUGUGAAUGAAUGGCACUAGUCCAGCAAGCAGCGUUCCUCUUGUCAUGUGACCCAAUUGGACCUUUAUACACAACUAAGAUUUGCAAAAUGUUGUGUACUUUCUUUUAAAGAACAUGUUUUGUUUUGCAUAUUACACUUAAAAAUAUGCAACUACAGUGAAAGCUACAGUGAAGUGGCCAGUUGACAUCAACACAUUUCUGCUCCACUUUGAAGACGAGGCUAGUUUCUGGUCCACUUGAAGUAUUUAUUUAAUUGAAAGGCUUAAAAAGUGUUCAGUGAGUGCAAGUGGUUUAAUGACAUUUCAUGAUAUCUUUAUGUUGAUAUGAUUUUAGCACUUGCAUUUUUACAUAAAGGUUGUGUGGAGCAGUGACGCGUUCACAGUUGCAGUAAAAACGUCAAGAGUAGUUUUCAGCUUUGCAUGUCUCUGCGAAUUACCUGAAAGCUCACCUGUUUCAGUGCUAUGCUGGUCCUUAGUAAGUCCACAGGAUGCAUAGCCCUUUUUUUUUGUUGUUUAGUGUAUUUACAACAGCCUUUAAGAUAUCUGUGAUAGCUUAGUCUUUGAGUGUAUCACAACAUGCAUUUUGGCCCAGAAGUUAAAACCAUUGAAGUUGUUAUAGACGCCUCCCCUCCCUUUAUUUUUCUUGACUUGUGCUUACAAUUAGGAUUAUUUAUUAUCAUAUAUAUUUCCAGCAUUUGUUUGAUUCGUGGAUUCGCAUUGCUGUCAUUGUAUGUGAUAUUUCUUUUGUAAUUAUAUAAUUAAUGCUAUUUAAAGAUUUCAUUGUUGCUUGACAUGCAUUGUAACAUUUUUUUGUUUCUCUGUCCGUUUUACUAUCAGAUGAUGUCAAUAACUCAAUAGAGGCUUUGAUCAUUUUGAACCGCUACAAGGUCUACUGUGCUGUUUGAUAUUUGUAAGAAUUAAACAGAUAUUAAGAAAGUGCAA